AAAACGAGUACAAAUUCCUCUCUCAUCACUAUCGAAGAUGAAGAGAAUGAAUUAGAAGUUUUGGCUAUACUAGAGUUUGUAGAUGAGACUUCUCUUGCGGAUCAAGAGAAGCAAACAGAUAAAGCUUUAACAAAAGAUCAAGCAACAAGUUCUAUUCCCAAUAAUUCUACCUGUAAUCGUGCCACAAGCCCCAUUGAUCAGACAAAUGAUAUCACAAAAAUCCAUUCAUCCAGACAACUAUCCCAAAAAUUGCAAGAAUUAUCCAUGCCUAUCAAAGGCGAAACCGAUGAGGAUGAUGUGAAUGAAG